ACGCCCAGUUGCAGAGCCAGACAGUCAAUACUUCGUACCGUUUAGCCACACGUUUGGGAAACAGAGCGUGUUUUGGCCGAUAUAUCUAAAAUGUCUCCGAUUAAAGACUUAUGUCUGGCUUGUGAAGCUCUCAACGAAGAGGCAACUUUUUCUGAAGGAGACACUGUCGCAGGCACACUCACUUUCACUUUGACGAAAAAAACCAAAGUGAAGGGUGUGAUGGUGAAAGCCAAAGGGGACGCGAACGUAUCCUGGUCAGAAGGCAGCGGAGACGACGAGAGAUCUUACACUGCGCACACGAGAUACUUUAAACUAAAAGAGUACUUAGUUGCAGAAAAUUCCGAAGGCACUGUUCUUCCCCAAGGAGUCCAUUGCUUUAAGUUCAGGUUUAAAAUUCCACAGGGGGAUAUGCCAUCAUCCUUCAAGGGGAUUCAUGGAAAGAUUGUCUACAUGCUUGAAGCCAAGGUGUCCAGGGGCUGGCUGAGGUGUUCUCGAGUACAAACAGAGCUCAAUUUUGUUUCAAAGUCCCUUUCACACCUUGGCCAAGUAAUGUGUCCCCAGUCUGGUUCAGUGGCUAAAAAAAUCGGGGUUUUCUCCAAAGGUCAGGUCCAGCUGUCUGCUACCGUCAACACAAAGGUUUGCUCUCCAGGUGACACUUUAUCUGUUGUUGCCAAGAUUUGCAACUCCUCUUCCAAAAAAGUGAAGCCCAAAUUCCGUUUACAGCAGAAAACAGUGUACCGCGCCAGUGGCUCCACCAAUUCUAGUGAAAAAACUCUAUGCAAAAUAGUUGGCGAGACUAUCGCACUGAACUCAGAGGAAACUGUCUCCUGCCAAUUGACGAUUCCUCCCGAUGCCAUUCCCACACUCCAUAAUUGUGAAAUAAUCUCAGUUGACCAUUACCUCAAGGUGUAUUUGGACAUCAGUUUUGCCAUUGACCCAGAGGUGGUGUUUCCACUGGUCAUCGUUCCUUCUAGCUUUGCCCGCCCUUACCCUGGUGAGGCUGUGGGGCCUUACUCAGCUGGGGCCCCAAGUUACAGUGACUUCCCUCCCCCUGCUUUCCCUAUUGGUCCUUAUCCUGUACCUGCAGGUUCAGGUGCUUAUGGGUACCCAGCACCAGAUCCCACUCAAAGUGGAACCAUAAGUGGCUGUAAUAAUCAGUGGCCACAACAGGCCCCUUCAUAUGGUUUUUCAACUACAGCUUCAUCUAUAAUGCAGCAACAAGCCCCUACUGCUCCACCUCUAGUUCAACAGGGAGAAGAUCCUCCCUCUUAUAUGUCCCUUUUUUACCCUUCUCAGGACACUCUCAGUAGGACUGGGUCAGAGCACAAAAGCUGAGCUUCAAAAAGAACACAAAUCUCCCUCCAGAUUGUUUACAAUUGGUCUGAAAGACAUACCAAACUACUUCAUGUCCUAUGGUCCUGUGGAAAGGUCCGGGGAUUUUGGACCGGGAUACAUGAUAACCUAUGUCGGAUUGCAGGGACCCAGGUUCCAUUCAGCCCAAGAUUAUUUGUUCUCGGAGAUGGGUCAAUCCUAAACAGGAUGGAUAAGCACAUAAGAAGCUGAGUCCAGACUAGUUUGAUGAAAGCCAGACAGAUUAUUUUAAGAGGAUGGAAGAAUGAAGGGGUGCCGGCAAUCCAGUAGUGGGCUUGUGAGAUGGCUAGGGUGGCGGCGUUUGAAAAAAUGUCAUAUAAAAGGUUUGCCAGGUUGGAUGUCUAUACUAGAAAAUGGGGAAAGUACCUGA